GCUAGUGCAACAUCUCUGUUUCUGGUUGAGAUUUGAGUCACUGAACGCCUUCCGACAGAGACAAAACAUGUCACGUACGUAACGGUUUGAAUUAACUGUUCAUUUCACAAGUUGUGGAUCACCUGCUAUAUGAUUCCCGUCGUGUUGUUGGCCAACAACCCAGAAAGAUGCCACAGAAAACACUGGGAUCCAUUGUAGGUCUGCUUUGCACCGGGACCUGUUUGGUACAGGGUAAGGAGUUCUGUUUUGGAGUGAACAAUGAGCAAUACCGGUGUGAGAUGGGGUACUGCUGCGGUGAGACGGAGUGCUGCACCUACUACUACGAGCUGUGGUGGUUCUGGCUGGUGUGGACCCUCAUCAUAAUGCUGAGUUGCUGCUGUGCCUACCGUCACCGCCGGGUCAAGAUGCGGCUGCAGCAGGAGCAGCGCCAGCGCGAAAUCAGCCUUAUGGCCUACCAGGGUGCUUCUAGCUCCUUCAUUUCCCCUCCACCCCUCAACCUGAGGUUCUGGACAGACUGCAAGCUUCCUGACUAUGAAGAGGUGGUGGGUCAUCCCCCGACUCCCCCUCCGCCUUACUCCGAGAUUCCCCCAGAGACCACCACUGCCAUCAUGCUGCCCUCCAUCCAAUCAGAAGUGGUCUUGAUGCUGGAGCCCUCAACAGAGGACGCGCCAAGAGAGGAGCAGACCGCCAAUUCGUCAUCAGACCAAGAAGCCGCGUCUGUGCCCAGCCAAUCAGAGCGACCAGUGGAGGUGGACCUUGAAGGCCCAUUGGAGGAGCUGCUGACCCGGCGCAGGCACGUGACAGGCGACUCAGGGAUUGAGGUGUGUGUUUGCCAACUAGAUGAGGGCUCUGGGCCGGAGGAGGACGAGGAGCUGGUGUGUCAGGGGGCCACGGGGGACUGCUGCUCUGCCUCUGAUCACCACCACACCCUCAGACACAAAGCGAGAACCCCUGAGCCCCAACCCCAGGGUCAGACCACCAGCACCGGAGACCGCCUGGUCUGAGCUCCACCACCUACCAUCCCAGAGGCUGCUGUUGCUGCCCGAUCUGUGCUUUAGGGAGGGAGACCCAGGAGAGCUCUUGUCAUUGUCAUCAUAACAAUAACUCCGACACCACCAGCAAAUGAAAUGCCCCACAAUAACUCACCGAAUUAACCAGGUUGUCCUGUUGUUUAACAUCCUUCUCAGUUAUGAUCCAUAUAAUGAAGAUGACAAAAAGAAAAGCUCUUAUUUGAGAAAUAUGAUUUUUUUCAUGUGGCUAAUGGCUUAAUUGUUUAAUACCCAGGGUCCCUCUGCUUUGUUUAGUUCUUAACAUGGGGAUGAUGAGGAAGAAUGUUAAGUCUUCCUGGAUGGGGGAGGGGCUAAAACCUCUAGAGACCACCAGGUGGUAAGAAGAGGUGUUGACGCUGGCACAGAAUUGACUAAAUCUACCCACCCCCACUGUCUGGCCUGGACAUUUUCUUCUGAUCCUUCUAACAUUUCACCUACGUGGGGACAGGACAGUAUACCGCAACAGUCACCAACCCACAGGCCUCUAGGCCCCAGCACAUAAGGGUCAAAACAGGAAAAUAAUGCUUCAAGACCCAAUCCUGACCUGAGGGGACUGAACAAGGUGUGACAAAAGGAACUUGUUUUGUUUUUGUAAGGCUGUGUACUGUGUAAUCUAGGAGACAGCUGCAAAGUGAUGUCACCCCCGAGUCAUCUUAGCCUGUGCCUGGUUUCUUCGUGGAGUGACGGCAGGGCUAUCUAGAGAAGAGGCUGGGAAGGGGAAGUGAAGCUGUGCCUGUCUCUUAUAGGCUCUCCAUCUCUGGACUGUGUCCCAGUAACAUCAGACUCCUCCCCCUGAAUCCCCCCCGCUUCCCAUCCCUCGUGACUCCACCAGUUCUCCGGUCAACACUGGGCCAGACUGAAAUGUAUUGAAUGGACUGGAACAGACAUUUUGAUGUGUGGCCAAGUUCUCUCUGUGGCCAAGUGAACUCAAGACUGUAAGCUGUGACAUUAUCCCAUCGCUGUGCCUGCAACUUGGUGUCUAUAAAAAGCCUUGCGGUGGUCGACUGUGUGUCCCCCAGCCCGGCAGUGAUAUUACCAGGGAUACUGAAGGUUCAGCUCUCUAGUACUUUGCUCCUUUAUCAUUGUCUUGUCAUUGUAUUACUUCUCUCUAAAACCAGCUUUGGCUGAGGCCACUAUUACCCACAUUAAUAGCAACACAGCUCUACCAAGGUGCUGCUGUGGGUGUAUUGUGUGUUUUAUAGGAUGUGUAGAGGAGGAGUCUUAUUUAGGGUAGCCACAAAGUGCCCUGGCCCCUGGUGUAAUGCACUCAACUCACCAGGCUUUAGACCACUUUUAUAAACAAUGCACUAGGAUAUUGCAUGGAAGGCAUGAGUCAUUUGUUUUUGUCUGUGUGUAGGUAGUGUGUUCUGAUUUGUUGUGUCUGCAACAUAUAGCGACACACUCCUAGGCCAUUGGCCCCAAGCUGGCACUGAUGAAUCGGCGGUUGCUGUUUUGAUCCAGCCAGAGCCUGAUAGUGACGCAGCUUCACCACGAGUCUCCUGGUCGUGUGGGGCUCGGACUGAGUGAACCAAGGUUUUAAGUAUAGACACCCUGUACCUAGUUUCAUCAUGUUAUGACUGCACUGGGCCUGCAGUGUGCUGUUGCGUACACCCUUGGCUUGCGGUGGUGUGAACCCUGUAGGAGCAAUGCUAGAGAUUUGUGGUGGUGUUUUCCAUUCAGUGGGGGUGGCUUUGCUGUGUGUGUAGUGUUAGCAUAGCUGCACACAGAUAAACUGCAUGUACCUCAGUGUUGUGCGUCGCUUGCCGACGCGGAGUUGUAGAAUCGGGUGUGGAGUGCAUGUGAUCUUACUGUGCAGUUCCACCUUGAAGAAGAAGCAAGGGGGGGGGUUAAAUGGCAGUGAUGUUUUAUUAUUUAGGGUAUUGAUUUGCCUUCAUACAGCACUGAUCAAUUAGGUUAUGGACUGAUGCACUGUUUAUUAACAUCUAAUGAAAAAGGAAAUUGACACAGAUUUAUUCUGAAUAUCUAUCCAUAAAUAUGUAGGAUCUUAAUUUGAUCACUCUGUUGCAGGAGAACUUUCCUGCAAUUCAGGACAUGUAAAACAUUUGUUGCAUUUGCGAUUUUAAAAUUCAAAAGGCACUCAAACAUGUGAGUUGUCUUUGUUGCAGGUGCAUGGUAACAGUUGAGGAACAAUAAGAAACCUGCACACUGCUCUGGCUAAUAUCACUGCUCUUUGUUAAGCUUUAUGUAUCAGCCUUAAGGCCUUCUUUUGUACUAUAAACUUUAAUAGAAUACUUAUGAAAUGCACAUUGUUAUAUUUGGUGACACGUUUAUCUUCCCUCGACUCCAACCCCAUUCGAUGCAUCGUACUGGGUGGAGUGGAGCAAUGUCUACAGAAGGGUGCAAAUUAAAAAUAGAAAAGCUCUGGGGGAAAAUUGCCUUGAGGCAGAUACGUAAAGCUUAAUAAAGAGCAGUGGUACUUUUUGUUUUUCCCUCUCGUGUAUUUGAGACUUAAAAAGGAUUCUGCAGUUCUGUCAUUUUCACUUUGAAAUUUCAGACAUGAUUGUAUCAACCCCUACAAAAAUGUCCAUGAAUUAUAUUUUCACAUUUCCUGUUGCUGCAUGAUUAUUUUCCUGCUGUAGCAAACUGGCUCAAAUGUAAGUUCCUACAUCUAAGUUGUCUAUGUCUUCAACAGUGUGAAGCCUUGAUGCUGUAGAAGUAACGUUUUAAAAGUCGUAGUGCAUAGUCAUGCACACACACUCCUGUUCUCAUUCUCACAUUAGGACAUGUUUUUGAUAAGACACCUUAAGCUGCCUUGGUAGGUUGCUAGGGAACAGACAUGAGGAUCGAGCUGCAGAAGGCCUAUGAACAGACUCCGUUUAGAGGUCAUUCUGAGGCAUAGGGAAAUGCCUUACUACAGUCAGUUGAAGUUGGGUACAGGUAGACUAGAUGUGUUUUAGGCUUCUGUAUUUGAUGAGUAGGUGGUUAUAUUUCAGACCUAUGCUUUUUGAAGAUGGAAAAAAUGUUUGCGUAUUUUUUUUGUUCUUAGGUACCCCUAUUUUGCUUAGAUUAAAAAAAAAAGUUUAGUUAAAGGAUAUGAUGGACAUUAGUUUGAUAUUUGAACUGACCUGAAAGCAUGUUGAAUUAGUAAAUGGGAGAAAAAAAAUGUACAUGAAUGCUUGUUUUGUUUUCUUGUGAUUCAUGUUUUUUUUAAUGUUUGGGGAAAAUCUCCCAACUACAAAUGUAGAGGCUAAAGUGCAUUCAUUUUGAUGCAGUAUAGAUGAAGGUCAUGGAAAUUGAAAAGGUGUUUUCUUGUUUUUGAAAUGAGGAUAAUGGGGACCCAUGGAUUCAGUCCCAUUGCUUACUGGGCAAGAUUAUUGCCAAACAAACUUUGGCUUUCACGUGUUUACCUAGAUAAAGGGCUAUCAGUCAAUCAUGGACAAACAUCCUUCCAUUCAUCUGUUCUGUAAUUUUCCGCUUUGCCUACAGUUGCAGACAUGGUAAUAUCUGAACAUAAUUGUUUGGACAUCUUUUCUGUAGUAAAUAAUAGGCUAUUUGUAAAAAUAAAUAAUAAUAAUAAUAAAUAAUAAUUCUAUUGAUCUUUUCUUUUGGUUUCAAUGUUCAGAAGCUUGUAUCUCUCUCUCCCUCUUUUCCUCUCAAGCCCCCCACUUGGUCCACAUGGCCUCUCUGGUAUACCAGCAAAGAGGGCACAAGCUAGGUUCAGUGGCAGGUUGGGUAUAUGGUCCCUGGUGAGGUAACUAUCCCCAGGUGUGAUGAUUUUGGGGGGGGGGUGGCUUGAGUCAUGGCUCGUUGCAUAAACCUCUGAAUCACGAGGAACCCCUCCCCCUCCAGGGGGCCCAAACAUGGUCACAGCGAGUGCGUGGCAACCCUCACCAAUGUUGGUCUUUUUUGAGGCAGGGUUCUUGCCCACGCAUGUACUGCAGGCACAGUGCACAAUUUUAUAUUUUGAGAUUGUUUGCCAGUACCAAACAAUUACUGUACUCAAACCCACAUGGGACGUCUCACUUACAUAUGCAUACUGUCCUAUUGUCAUGAAUAGCAAACAUGCUGUUUUUUAUGGACAUCUGUAUUUGACACUGAUCAGAAAUCUACUAUUGGCACCAGUGCCAUCAGUUGUCAGCUCAAGUUUAAUUUACCUUGCUCACUAGGCCAAAGCUCUGUCAUUGUAGUAUAUCAUCCUCCUUUCACCCGAAGUGUUCCUCUUCAUUUCAGCGACACACGCCUCUGUAAUAUACUGUACCUGACUAGGCUAUGCAAAAACAUAAACCCACUGAUGUAUGCUGCAAUAACUCCUGUCUGUAGUUGCCAGUACAAGCAAUAUUUCUGUCACACUGCACCUCAGUUGGUAUGUGUAAUGUCUUUGUUUAAAAAAUAUAUAUAUAUAUAUAUAUAACAAAAAUUCAUGGUUAUUAUUGCUACUAUGUCAUUUGUGUGUAUGCUUUAAAAGUAAAUGUGUAUCUUCAUGUUACCUCUUGGUGUGUGGGGAGGGGAGAAAAGAUGAAGCCAUUCUAGUAAAUUCUUCACCUUUCUGUUCAUCUUUAGUGACAUAGUGGAUAGAAUGUUUUGCUCUCAUUCUAAUUUGUUAAGUAUAUUACUCUUGCUUUUAUUAUUAUGGGGGGGGGGUACAUCUGUUUUGGUUGUUAAAGUCGUGUUUUGAAUGCUUUUUGUGGGAUUAAUGCCAUUUAAUCUUUCCUCAGACUAACAUUUAUUCUGUUUGCUCUGUGGGUACUUUUGCCACUGGUCCAUCCCUUGUGUGUUGCCCUGUCGUGGCGCAUUGGGUGUCUUUGUAAACCGUAGCACGUCUGUCUGUUUUUAGUAUUCGAGGCAUUUUCAAUGACUAAAUAGUAAUAAGGUCUUGCCUUUUUCUCCUCGAUUGCCCAACCUUUUGAUAUAGAUAGCGACCGGUAUAAAGUAUGGAAGUCAAUAUAACCCAAUGCUAGAUGGCAGAGUGACGACACCUCAGCUAGCCCAGAAGCGUUUUCAUUUUUACAUGGUCUCACUUAGGGGUGGGUUGCACUUGAAUUAUACAACACUAAGGCAACAAUGUACUCUCCCCAUAAUCUACAAUGCUCUGUUACCCACUUGUAACCCAGACGUUUCUUGCAUUUCUCCCUCAACCAUAGUUGGAUAAUGUCAAGCGGAUGUUGAUUCGCGUGGGAAGACUUUUCCAAAACAGCACAAAUACCCUCGCUUGAAAAGGAAGCGGUUGUCCAGAAGCGCAUACCCCUUUCAUUAUCACCUAGAACAAGCCAAACAAAUAGGGGAACGCACUGAAAUGUGUGGUACAUUUGAAUGCUUUGGUUUAGUGGGGGUCUGCUAUGUACUCUAGGGGUCAUUUAUUUUAUUUUUUAUAAUAAAACAAACCUUGGCACUCAA